GCUUCUCUCUCCUUCACCUACCAGGUCGACCAAACUCUUUAAAUACGGGCCACACGAAGAUUAUUUAUCACCAAAACAAACCAUUUUCCAAUAUCAUCUUCUCUUCGUUUCCGAAAACACAUCUAUUCUCUCAAAGUUUCUCUGCGAAAUUCUUCAAAGAUGCAAAUCUUCGUCAAGACUCUUACCGGAAAAACUAUAACUCUGGAGGUUGAGAGUUCCGACACUAUUGACAAUGUUAAGACCAAGAUCCAAGAUAAAGAGGGAAUUCCUCCAGACCAGCAACGUCUGAUCUUUGCCGGAAAGCAACUUGAGGAUGGACGUACCCUCGCUGAUUACAACAUCCAGAAGGAGUCAACCCUUCAUCUUGUGCUCCGUCUAAGGGGUGGGAUGCAGAUAUUUGUCAAGACUUUGACUGGGAAGACUAUUACUCUGGAGGUUGAGAGCUCAGACACAAUUGACAAUGUUAAGGCUAAGAUUCAGGACAAGGAGGGGAUUCCCCCAGAUCAGCAGAGGUUGAUAUUUGCUGGAAAGCAGCUUGAAGAUGGCCGCACUCUUGCAGAUUACAACAUCCAGAAGGAGUCAACCCUUCAUCUUGUGCUUCGACUAAGGGGUGGAAUGCAGAUUUUCGUCAAGACCUUGACUGGGAAGACUAUUACUCUGGAGGUUGAGAGCUCAGACACAAUUGACAAUGUUAAGGCUAAGAUUCAGGACAAGGAGGGGAUUCCCCCAGAUCAGCAGAGGUUGAUAUUUGCUGGAAAGCAGCUUGAAGAUGGCCGCAAUCUUGCAGAUUACAACAUCCAGAAGGAGUCAACCCUUCAUCUUGUGCUUCGACUAAGGGGUGGAAUGCAGAUUUUCGUCAAGACCUUGACUGGGAAGACUAUUACUCUGGAGGUUGAGAGCUCAGACACCAUUGACAAUGUCAAGGCUAAAAUUCAGGAUAAGGAGGGAAUUCCCCCAGAUCAGCAGAGGUUAAUCUUUGCUGGAAAGCAAUUGGAGGAUGGGAGGACUCUUGCGGAUUACAACAUCCAAAAGGAGUCUACCCUUCACCUUGUCCUCCGUCUCCGUGGUGGCUUUUAAGUCUUUUCAAGUGUUGUCUGUCUAGAAAUUACUUAGUUCAUUUUGAGUAAUUUAGUUUCACUUUGAGUAAUUUGUAGUUUGGUUUCUGACUUGAUGAUCUUGUGUUAGGGUAAUGUUGAUGAUGAACUAUUAAAGUUGGAUUCGUUUGUGAAUAAAGAAAUCUUUCAAAAUUUCUAAAAA